CGAGAAAGAAAUAACGGCGCGAAACGCGCGAGGUGGCGUAGGCAGGUCCGCCGUUGCCAUGUAACGUGGAGUUAAGAAGGCUUGGUCCGCGGCUGGGCUCUGGAUGCGGCCAGACGUGGAGUCGAAGGAUGCCGAGUACCUAUGCACGAUGCAAAAUCUUCAAACGACGUACCACGGGCACAGUGCUCUUCGAGUACCUGCACACUUCGCCGGCUUACACGCAUGGCGCCUGAAGCCGCAUCCGAGCCCUGCAAAUGGUCUGAUCAACUGUCCAGUAUCAGCCCUGCCGUCGAAUCGCGGGCACACCUGCAUUCGUAAUUCCUACGACACAUACCCCCCUCGGUCCAAUCUGGGAGCAAGUACACAGAAACCCAUUUUUCCCGUCUGGCUACCCCGCUUGGACCACCUGCUAUCAGGCUAUGUAGCCUCCAGCCCAACACAUGUGGUUGCGGCCUUACUACUAUUUCCGAACUCGUUUGCACCUGUUAGCUAUUUUCGUAGUCUGCAGGCGUACAUUGCAACGCAGCGCACUGGCAGAGGGUUCAAAGCGGCAGUGUUCCGGCUCUUCAGGUCCAAGUCCCGAACCAGGAAAAGCACAGCGUCGAUGCGGUCGCCGUGCAUGAUCUGGACCUUUGUCUAGGCAUCGAGCGACGAUCGCUGAUCGCGGUACAUCUCCAGACGGGGAUCCCUGCACGCGUAAGGUAUGCUGCCAGAUUUUUGAUCCUUCGAGAGCGGUUCGGGCGGGACGCUGCGACUGGCUUACUGCGGCCCGUCAUCGGUGAGAGGUUUCCCUACGUAAAGUGACGUGCAACUGCUAGCCACCAGGACGGAGGACAGGGGCCUGUUUCUUGUCCGCUUGACAUCGUACUUGACUUCGUUUUCCGGAAUGGGCACCCGUUGCAUCUGAUAAAGAUCACU